AUGAGAGGAAGAGGUCGUGGACCUAAUGGAGGAAGAGAUAUAUCAAAAAUCACGUGCUUCUGGUGUGAUAAAUUGGGGCACUUUGCAUCACAAUGCCCUGAUCGCUUGCUCAAGCUACAAGAAACACAUGAAACAAAUGAAAACGAUACAGAAGACGUAGACAAGCUCAUUACGCAUGAAGUGGUCUACCUAAACGAAAAGCAUUGUGUACCAAACAAGUUCAAAACCAACAUCAAUGGAGAGAUGGUUUGGUACCUUGACAAUGGUACUAGCAAUCACAUGACUGGAGAUAGAAGAUACUUUUAUAAGCUUGAUUCAUCUAUCAUCGGAAAAGUGAGAUUCGGAGAUGAUUCAUGUAUUGAUAUCAAAGGGAAGGGUACGAUUGCUUUCACAGAUCUGAAUAGAUGA